GGAAGCCAUGACUUAGUGUCGACAACCACUUGCUUCCGACAGCCAUGCAGUCGCGCGCUUUCCUGUUGCGGCGCUUGGUGGAAGUCCAAAGGAGAACGCAGCUGAGCGCUGUGUCUCAACGUGCACUGCAUGUGGUACGUGUACCAGUCUGGGACAGCUCACUAUGCAGAUACAGGCCUCCACGUACAAGCCGCUGUUUUUGGAGCAGUCCUUCCAACGUGCCAAUGUCUCGCGGUGAACGGAAGCGAAUGGAAGAUAGUUACCGUGGGACCUGGUGGUAUGGUGCCAUUGGCAUGUCCAUCUUUGCCUGCGUCUUUGCGCUGGUCCCGCUGUACAAGCUUUACUGCCAAGCCACUGGCCAGGGCCAGGCCUCGGCCACGCAGUUGGGGCACAAAGAUUAUGCGCCGCCUCCCAAGGAUUCGGUCGACACCAAGCGCCUAGUCACCGUGGACUUUGCGGCCACCGUACACACUUCCUUGCCCUGGGAAUUUGUACCCCAACAGCGACGCGUAGUCGUUGGCCUUGGGGAGACAGCGCUGGCGUUCUAUCGUGCCAAGAAUACCAGCGACCGACCCAUCAUCGGAGUCUCUGUGUACCACAUGAUUCCUGCAGAGGCCGGCCUCUAUUUCAACAAGAUCCAAUGCUUCUGCUUUGACGAGCAGCUGAUCAAUCCAGGUGAAGAGGUGGAUUUGCCAAUCUUUUUCUUCAUCGAUCCCAUGAUGGGAAAAGAUACGCGUUUUGACCACGUGGAUCGCAUCACCUUGUCCUACCUCUUCUUCGAGUCGGACUCUGAGCUACCAGAGGAGUACGAGGAGUUCAGAAAGAGCUUGCCCUCGAGCCAAACGCCAAGUGCAGCGCCUGCGCCGGCUCCGUUGCCUGCUCCGGUCCCUGCCUAGACGAGUUUGGAUGCCUUGCUGGCGUUGUGGGCCUUCGGUCAGCGCUGCUACAUGACGGCAGCGCAAGAGACGAAAAUGAAUGAACGACUGGUAGCAAUCGGCUGGUAGCAAUCGGCAGCACCAAGGAAGAUGGAACGUUUCAUUGCACAACAAACAAACAUUGAUUGAAUGAUCUUGUGGAUGCUUACGAAGCCUGGCGAGCCGGGGGGACUUCUUGCCUUGGAGGGGAGAGAUUGCAGAACAACUGGCGGUCUCACUGGGCCCUCUUACGUCCGCGGUGGGAUGUCACUCUUGUUCCAACGGAUUUCCCGGUUGCAGGGUUCCAGUGUUGUUGGCAGUAUAUUUUUGUCUAGAGUCUGUCGGAAACAUGGCAACACAGAGGUUGGGACAUUAAGCAGCUCAGUAGCCACCUCGCCUGUGUACUGAAUUGACGAUACAUCUACUGGGACACUUGCG